AUGAUGAGGCUUUUGUUAGCCCUCUUGCUGCCAAGCUGUACUCUCGCGAAGACUGUGAUGAUUACUGUACGGGAAAAUUUCACGCAAUCGUGUCCAAACGUGAAAUCAGACAUUAUUGAUCGCUCAUCGGUAAAAUUCAGUUUUGAAAUGAUUCCCAAUGAAGACGACGAGAACGAAGAUGACGAAGUGGAAAGGGACCAGGUUAUCCUCACCGAUCUCAACGGUCAGUCACGGUCAAUAUCAUUUCCCGGAUGCUAUCGUGUCAAACUUUCCUUCAAAAUGAAUCGACCUAUUGAAAAUCCGUAUAUCGAAGCCUUCUUACAACUUGGACAAAACAUACCCUGCCGUUCUGAAGGACGCACUCUGGUCUCGAACAUUUGUACAAAUAUUACAAAAACAAACUGGUGCCCGCAAAGUGGAAAUGAAGAGCUUAGACGAAUGCUCGCUAAUAAGGAAAGCUGGUGA